UCCCCAGGUGCUGACGGUGCCCCCCAGGUGAUCAUGGUGACCGGUGACCACCCCAUCACGGCCAAGGCCAUCGCCAAAGGCGUGGGGAUCAUCUCCGAGGGCAACGAGACCGUGGAGGACAUCGCGGCGCGGCUCAACAUCCCCGUCAGCCAGGUGAACCCCAGGGAGGCCAAGGCGUGCGUGGUGCACGGCUCGGACCUGAAGGACAUGAGCUCGGAGCAGCUGGACGAGAUCCUGCGCAACCACACCGAGAUCGUGUUCGCGCGCACGUCCCCCCAGCAGAAGCUGAUCAUCGUGGAGGGCUGCCAGCGACAGGUGACCUGCCACCU